CAGCUACCACUGCCUCUUAAAGCCUAGGUACUCCUCACCGCAGUUACAGACUGAUAGACAGAGAGCAGGAAAGGACUGGAGACUGGUUGAAGAGAGAGAGAGAGAGACGGAGAAUAAGAAAGAUUGGACAGGGAAAGUUAGAAAGACCAAAUCAGCAGUCCACUGUACUCGUGCUCUCACCCUUUCUUGAUUGCUGCCUGCCCACUCCACCACCUGAGGCACACACACACACACACACAGGAAGGUGUUCCACUGCAAGGCUUAGAGGGCUGACUCUGCAGGGAAGAAGGGAAUUAAACACUUCUUUUGUUUUCAAUCCGCUGCUUCCAUACUCAGGAAGAAAAAGGAUUACAGCUUGUACUCCUGCCCCUCUUGUUUUGCUCUCUCUCUCUCUUUGCGUUUUGUCUUCUCUGACUCACUUUGGAGACUUUGGAUACAACCAUCUUGAAUUGUUGGUCAGAGCUCAGAGAGGCAUGGCACAAGGACAAAAGAGCCCCAGGUGGGCAUUAACCCAGGGCUCCUUCAGCGUGGCGCAGGGCCUCUCACUGUUCUUCCUCCUCCUUCUCCUCACUGCCACCGUCUCGGCCGCAGACGAGUACGACUACUACAGCUGGCAGUCGGACAAUUUCCACAACGGCCGCUUCUACACCAAGCAGCCUCAGUGUGUGGACAUCCCAGCCGACCUGCGCCUAUGCCACAAUGUGGGCUACAAGAAGAUGAGGCUGCCCAACCUGCUGGACCACGAGACCAUGCCAGAAGUCAAGCAGCAGGCGGGCAGCUGGGUGCCGCUCCUGGCCAAACGGUGCCACGCUGACACCCAGGUCUUCCUGUGCUCUCUGUUUGCACCAGUGUGCCUGGACAGACCCAUCUACCCAUGCCGCUCGCUGUGUGAGGCCGUGAGGGACAGCUGUGCUCCAGUGAUGGAGACCUAUGGCUUCCCCUGGCCCGAGAUGCUGACCUGUGAUAAGUUCCCCAUCGAUAAUGACCUCUGUAUCCCCAUGCAGUUCGCUGGGAACCACGCCACCCCUCCACCAGUGUCUAAGGUCUGCCCUCCAUGUGACAACGAGCUGAAGGCAGACAACAUAAUGGAACAUUACUGCGCCAGUGACUUUGCUCUCAAGAUGAAGAUCAAGGAGGUGAAGAAGGAGAAGGGCGACAGGAAGCUGAUUGCAGCGCAAAAGAAGAAGAAGGUGUUGAAGCAGGGCGUGCUGCGGAAGAAAGACCUGAAGAAGCUGACCCUGUACAUCAAAAAUGGAGCCAACUGCCCCUGCGCCCAGCUGGACAGCCUGGGCUCCAACUUCCUUAUCAUGGGCCGCAAAGUGGACCAGCAACUGCUGCUUAUGUCCAUUCACAAGUGGGACAAGAAGAGCAAGGAGCUCAAGUAUGCCAUCAAGUACAUGAAGUCCCAUCAGUGUCCCACCUACCACACCGUCUUCCAGUGACACCGAUCCCCAUAACUGUUCCCUGAGUCCCUUAAACAUUUAGUUCACUCCAUUAUCGCUCCGCGAGUACCAUCCUGUUCCACCUAGAUCCUAAUUCUUCUGUCUGUAAUGCAUCCCUGAUCCCUUCCUAGAGCUUCCCAGGGUGACCAGGCUUUUAUUUUCUCAGCUUUAACGUGAAUCAGCCUCAUCCAGGGGGUCGUUAUGAUCUGGCUAGAUAAAUCAGGCAUAGCUAUUUAUGUUGGGGAGGAAAAAGAAAAAAAGCUACACACUCACAGAAUACUGCCUUAGCCACAUGCCUGCCCAUAAACGCCCCAAAGAAGCCCCAGACUUUAUAACAAUUUGUUUUUCUAAUUUGAAGAGCAGAUAUCUUGAUCCUAGAGUGCAACUGCUACCCCCUGCAAUGCCCCCAUUCAUAAAAUCUUUAGACUCUAUUUUCCUCUUUUGUUAUAGUAAAGCAAAUCACAUGUAUGAUAUUUUACAGCAACCAUGUUUAUCAAUUAGACCGUAGCGAAAGGAAAUGGAAAUUUAAAGAGUCAAGGCAACUACAGGAGGGAAAAUGCUUGUUUGAGUUAUGUAUUACUUCAGAUAGAGUGUGAAGAGAGGGUUUCCUUCUGUGUAAAAAGAGAAACGAUACACUUUAUGCGGGCUAUGCAUACACUGGUGCAGAGCUCCUGAGAUCGAUGUCAAAGCAAAGAGAUGUAGAAGAUCCACUUAACUGUAUUUGUCUGAUCAUGUAAAAAGUAGGUAAUUCAGAUGAGCAUUAGAUGACUAGAGUGAGGCCUUUUUUCUCUUACCCCUGAUCUGCCCCUAUUGGGAAAGAAGACCAAUGGAUUGAGACAUGGCAAAGAGAGAUAGACUGACGGACUGGAUGAUGCUUCCACUGACUGUUGUACAGCACAGCUUCUGUGAGCUGAACGAGGGAAACUUCAAUAUUUCUGCUUUUUGAAAUGGAAAGAGAGAAGGAGAGAGAAGGCAGAGAAGACAUCUUCCUGAGUAAAUGGGAGAAAGAUAGAGAGAGCGAGGGAGAGAGAGAGAGAGAAUGAGAAAGGGAGACUCUGGACAGACCCAACAAUGUUGGGUUGGAAAGUCUCUGAUACUCACUAUUUUUUCACUAUCACUCUUCAAAUGUUUUUUUUUUUUUACUGAAAUUGUCAUAAUUUGCUUCAGUUAUACUUCUAUGGUAUGAAAACAGAAAUCAUACGUACAGACAUAGCACCUGAAUUCACUGUUGCUGUAGCAAUAAAA